AUGGCGACUGUCGAACAGCCACCAGCUCAGCCUGCUGCACUCCCACGAUCCCGAUCAGCCCGGCUAGCGGACCAAGCCGCGACUGCUGCGCUUUUUGUAACACAUCCGGAACGACGACUGUCGGUUCGCGAACCAAGGGCCGGAACGGAUCUGUCCACUUUGAAAGCGACCGGAUCCCGUCCCGGCUUCAGUCAUGCUUCGGCAGUGGCCGCCCUCGCUCAUGCAAAGAGUAAGCAGCCCGAGAGUGGCCGAUCAUCCGCCGCCGCGAUCUACGUUCCGGAUUAUCCCCAGGAAACGCCAAGUCAAGAAGGCUACAAGGCUGCAAUCUCCGCUCUCCGAGACCGUCGAUCGAUCGCAAGCCCUCCCGCGGGGGACACCAGACAUGAUACCCCCACGGCAGAUAGACGACGGGAGAUUACUUCGAGAGAAAAGGCCAUCCGCGCUGCUACCGGGGCUUUCUACAACAGUAGAAAGAGAGCCGAUUCUGCUCCGUUAGAGACCCCUUACGCGAUGUCGGGUACCAGAGACCCUUUGGAUGAGCUCGACAGCUCGGUUGAAGCCAGCAGGAUCCAACACGUUGCAAACACCAACGCACGCCUAUAUACUGCAACUCCACCUGUGGCCAUUGAGGUGGAGGAGCAGAACCGAAAGAAUGUGAUGAGAGCGGCUGCCAUCUCGAUGGCCCGGGAAAUGUAUGGCAUUGCGGAAAAUGGGGAGGAUGGCCAACCAAGUGCCGCCAUGCCCGCAGCUCAGAGAGACCAUGCGCGGGCACGUUCCCAGCAAGCCGUCUCCAAAGCCAACGCCGGCGUAUUGCAGCGAGCCAUGAGUUUGCAAGAGGUCGCUCAAAAGCGCGCGGCGGAGAAAUUGGCUAGUAUGCAGGACGAGACGGCCGUGUAUCGAGAAUACUACGGCAUAGGCGUUGAACCCCAGGCGUCGCGCUCCGCCUUGCCGGCUCGUAGGCGAAGGGCGUCAUCGAUUGACUCCGACGAGUCCUUCGAUGCAGAGCGGUCACGAGAAAUCCGUCAUCAGAUGACCAGUUUGCGCUCGAAGCUAAAUGCGGUCGACGAGCAGCGACAGAGAGACCGCGCCAUGCUCAUGGAGGCUGCGAGAAAGAAUGUCGACGCUGCCAUCCAAGAUAUGGAGAAGCGGGCCUACGCCGAGACCGGUCGUGCUCCGCCCUCCGUACGGAAAGAGUGGGAAGAGGCAGCACUGGCGCGCGCCGAGAAGGACAUGCAGGACAUCGAUGCGCAUAUUAUCCAGCCGGAUAGGGUCAAUCUUGGAGCCCAGAAGUUCGUGGAUAUGGCGGACGUCGAGGCGCUAGCUCGUUCCAGACUCCAGCCAACGUUCGACGAAAUUCAUGACCGUGCCGAGGCGCAACGGGCCAAGGAAUUGGAACAACGUUUGGACGAGGAGGAGAGACUGCGCCAUGACGCCGUUGAGCGUCAGCGAGAGGCUGAUACACGGGCCGAGGAGAAGCGACAGAGAGCGGCCUUGAAGAAGCAGGGCAGUCGAGGAAAGGAGGAAAAGCACUGGCCAUGGAGGAAAAAGGUCAAACGAAAUGGAGACAAUGCAGCUGAAAGGCCUUCAACCGCCGGCGGCACUGCUGAAGAAAGAGACAAUGAGCCCGUGAGCGAAGGACUUGUUGGCACUGUGACCCAAGAUACUGUCCAGACGGACACUGCGCCGAGCAACGAACAGGCCGUGGCUUCGGGCGCUGCCGCCGAACCGAGUGCCGCGAAGGCUGCUAUCCCCCGAUCAGAGUCCAAACUCAAGACAUGGAUCGGUAGAUUGAGUGGUCGUCGGUCCAGUGCAGCUGCCACCGCAACUCCCACCGCAACUCCAAGAGAAGCAGACGUUCAUCCCGAGCCCACCCCUGAUGCGACGGAUGAGGGAAGACCGGCGUCGAGAGAUGAGUCGCGUGCUGCCCCCCUCCGGUCGAACCCUGUAACGGCGAACGAUAUUGCGGAGGAGUCGAUACGCUCCAUGGAUCAGGAUCAUCCUGCGGAGGCGCGAACGGGCGAGGAGCAGGAAGCCUCGAAGAUCUCGGAGGCCAACGAGGACAGAACAUCGCGGAUUGUCUCGGGGGGCUCACAAGAGGCGAAGACCGACGGAGUCGAACCCCAGGGCCACGAAGGCCAGGAAGAAUCGGUCCCAAUCGAGCAUACUGCGGCCGACGAUUUGUACGACCGAAGCCCUGAGAGAGAUGAACUGCGAGACAGCGCGGCCGAGCAAGGCCUGCCCGUUCCGCCUGCCAUUGGGAAGCGACUCAGCAAUGGCACUGGCCGCGAGUCGAGGUUUUCGGAGGAUCUGUGA